UUGUUGCUUUGAUGUUCGGCGCGCGCGCGCAGUGACGCGCGGUUACCGCUUUGUUAUCGCUGUGUUCCGUCCGCGGCUCAGCAGCGCAGCAGCUCGGGGUCACAGUUCCGCUCUCACUCCGGUUCUUCUCCAACACCACAUUAUCACCUGAGAUACAGAGACAUGGUCCUGACAGCAGUAAUUCUGACUUCAUGUCGGUCAGUUGUCCGGGUUGUAGGCGCUGUAAUGCAGAACUAGUAGGUUGCUCGGUGAGGAGAAGCAGCGCUCGGUGGCUAGCGCUCGAGGGCGGCUCGGUUAGCGGAGUUAGCGGCGCUUUAGGAGAUGCGAGCGGGUUUUGGGAGAGAUUGAAGGCCUUUGUGGAGGAACCGUGUUUCACGCAGGACAACGAGCUGGCUCAUCCGGAUACAAGACACCCCUGGGUCUUCACAUGAACCUGGUUGCGACACGGCUCGGCUAGCUCGCUUCUGGGGAGGAAAUCAAAUCAGCUAGUUUGUUUCCACACGAUCCCGGGGUGAGGAAUGGCCACCGCUUCCGGUUUCCCUUCGCGGAGUGGCGCGGCUCUGUCCGCUGCCUCGCCCGGGACCUCGUCCGGAGCCGUCGGCCAGUCGCAGGCCAUGGUGGCGGUGUGGGAAUGGCAGGACGAUUCGGGCGCGUGGCGGCCCUACAGCGGCCAAGUCAGCUGCUUCAUAGAGCAGUGUCUCCAUCCUCACCGGAGCGCAGGCCCGGCUGUCACCACCAUCUCCCUAGGGCAGAGUGACGCGAGUCUGGCUGCCUACAUCAUCGACAUCCCGAGCUUCACACAGUUCCGACAGGACACCGGUAAAGUCCGCUCGGUGCGACGCAGCCUGUUCCCUCAGUCGCCUGCGCUGGGCAACGGCGUGCUCUGGGAAUGGGCCAAUGACGAAGGCAGCUGGACAGCUUACGAAAUGCACACGUCUGCUUUGCUGGAGCACAGUUACGUAACCCGCCAGACCACGGCUGACUUAGGACCACACAGCCAGAACUACGUGGUGGACUUCAUGACGUUCGAGCAAGUCAACAAGACGUCUGGUUACAGGCGGCGCGUGCGCAGGCAAACCGGGACUCCGUACCCGCCUGCAUCGGUCUCGGGCACGGGCACGGGCUCGGGGUCGGUCAUCCACUCGGGACCGGCAUGCACCUGCCAGCAGUGUUUGAGCCACGGACCCAUGCCCGGGCGCUCACGGCACUCUUUCUCAGCUGCUGCCGGCCCUUCCUCGGCGUACUCGCCGUAUCCCAGAAGGCCGCUCUCCGUAGGGAACAUGGCUUGGGGAGGACCCUGGAGCUCAGCGGCUUCUUCUAUGGCUCAGCCUCCAGGGCCGGUGCAGUCCUUUCCGAGUACUCCGAAUGGCUUGAGCAUCCCGUCAAUCCCCUUACAACUGAACGGCUCCAGCAGCGUGAGUGCCGCCCUGGCAGGCAUGGCUUCCAUUUUGAUGUCUGCAGCAGGACUGGGAGUUCGCUUCAUGACCAGCCCCUCCGGCAGGCCCAACCAAGCCCAAGCCAGCUCCGUUAAGAGGGCAAAGAGACAGCACAGGACAGCUGCCCAGAAACCCGAAGAGGUCAUUAAGAAGUACAUGGAGGAAGUGCGGGCGAUCCCAGAUGAGGAUUGCAUGAUUUGCAUGGAGCGUCUGUCGUGCCCCUCUGGCUACGACAGCCCUGAAGGGGGAAGCCAGGCGCUGCAGCCUAGCACCGUGGGCAAGUUCACCAAGUGUGGUCACACCUUACACAUGCUCUGCAUGCUGGCCAUGUACAACAACGGCAACAAGGACGGCAGCCUGCAGUGUCCCUCUUGCAAGACAAUCUACGGCGAAAAGACCGGCACUCAACCAAAGGGCAAGAUGGAAAUAUACAGCAUCCCUCAAUCCCUCCCUGGUCACCCGGACUGUGGCACAAUACAGAUAAUCUACAACAUCCCUCCUGGAUUACAGGGUUCCGAGCACCCGAAUCCGGGCCAGCCUUACACCUGUCGAGGUUUUCCUCGCUUCUGCUUCCUGCCUGACAACGACAAGGGCAGAAAGGUUCUGGAGCUGCUGAAGGUGGCGUGGACGCGGCGUUUGAUCUUCACAGUAGGCACGUCCAACACCACAGGCGAGCCCGACACGGUGGUGUGGAACGAGAUCCACCACAAGACCGAGAUGAUGUCGAACGUAUCGGGCCACGGAUACCCAGACCCCAACUACCUGGACAACGUCCUGGCCGAGCUGGCGGCGCAGGGCGUAACCGAGGACUGCCUGAAAAGAGACACGUCUCGGUCACGUGAGCCCGAGUAGAUCGCCCUGAAUGAGACACUGUGUGAGAUCGUAGGCAGAUUUUGAGCAUGUAAAAUGCUUGGGCAUCAUUUAAAAAAAAAAAAAAAAAAAGUACAACCCUUUAUCGCAUCUCCGCUAGGAUUUAAGAGCCGAUUCUCUGUAACAUCCAGGAUUUUUUUAAAUGGCUGGUCCAGCGUAUACAACAGCCAUACAGGCGUUCAGAACCUGAGCCAAAUGUUACUCGGUACAUUACUUAAGGACGAGAGAACAAGGGAAGGUUUACAGUAUGAAGUUUUUUUUUUUUUUGUACAUAAGUGGCGAUGGACCUCCAUCCUCUUUUUACAUUUUUUCCCCCGACUCUUAAGUAUAUCUCUGUUUCUGAACAGCUGUCACUUUUUUCUCAUACCAUCCGAGAGGCAGCUACGAUUUGGGUUUGAACACGCGAUUUAUUUUUUUCCGUAGCACUUUAGCUCUGGCAGUGCUGUGAAUCAUAAAGGGAUUUCUAAAGCCAAGUGUAGCUUUAAAAAAAAAUCUAAAUAAAACAUAAAAUUAUCAAAAACGCUUCUUUCCCGGCAUGGCAUGCGUUACAGACCACCAUUUAUAGUAACUUCUGACGCUUCUUCCAACUUCCAACUUCCAACGAUCCCAUGUCAUUAUUGCAAAACACUGCAAAUAGUUUUUACUAGUACUGUAUUACUUGUAUUACAAAAUUAAAAGUGUUACGAUUUGCGAACAUUUCAA